UGUAUUUCAACACAUGUUGUGUAAUUGUUUAAUUGAUGAGUGCUUUCGCUCUGCCUUCUCUUAACAUAGUGUUUAGUGUCAGGAGUUCCUCACUGUGUCCCCACCGCCAGGCCUAGUGCCCGGCACACAGCAGGUGCUCAAAAUGUGUUGGGCGAAAAAUAAAUGGACGAGUUCCGCUUCCCUGCAUUGGGCCAUCCAUCCGUGUGACACCUGUGAGUGCCUCCACCCCCAGACUGGGGUGUGUCCCUCCAGGGUCGGACUUUAGCACCUCAUCCAGGCUGGCAGGAGGCUGUGCUCUUUGGUUUGCCUAUCUCGGACUUCCCGCCCAGCUGCGCAGACGGCAGAACCCACAGCGGGGGCGUGUCGCGGUCUUACGCAGAACCUCCCUGUCUCGGCACGUCAGUUCUGUACUCUACCCCAGGAGGAAUCGAGCUUAGACCCAGAAGUUUCCUCGCACCUCCGGACGUGGGAAUUACACGCUUGGACGUCAAACCCAAGCGGGUGUCCUCAUGACUUCCCCUGCAGACCAUGUCUAUGAUCCUUUUUGCCUGUGUGGUGAGGGUGAGGGAUGGACUGCCCCUCUCGGCUUCCACUGACUUUUACCACACCCAGGAUUUUCUGGAAUGCAGGAGACGGCUCAAGACUUUAGCCUUGCGACUGACCCAGUACCCAGGUCGAGGUUCUGCAGAAGGACGUGACUUCAGUAUACAUUUCUCUUCGCUGGGGGAUGUGGCUUGCAUGGCUAUCUGCUCCCGCCAGUGUCCAGCGGCCAUGGCCUUCUGCUUCCUGGAGACCGUGUGGUGGGAAUUCACAGCUUCCUAUGACACCACCUGUAUUGGCCUAGCCUCCAGGCCAUACGCCUUUCUUGAAUUUGAUAGCAUCAUUCAGAAAGUGAAGUGGCAUUUUAACUGUGUAAGUUCCGCUCAGAUGGAGAGCAGCUUAGAAAAAAUUCAGGAGGAGCUUGACUUCCAACCUCCAGUGGUUCUCACUGUGGAGGACACAGAUAUAGCGAAUGGGAUAAUGAACGGUCACACACAGAUACACUUGGAGCCUGCCCCUAAUUUCCGAAUGGAGCCAGUGACAGCCCUGGGUGUCCUUUCGCUCAUUCUCAACAUCAUGUGUGCUGCUCUGAACCUCAUCCGUGGGAUUCACCUCGCAGAACAUUCUCUACAGGUUGCCCACGAGGAAAUCGGAACUAUUCUGGCUUUUCUUAUUCCUUUUGUAGCCUGUAUUUUCCAGUGUUACUUGUACCUGUUCUACAGUCCAGCCAGGACUGUGAAGGUGGUGCUGAUGCUGCUCUUUAUCUGCCUGGGCAACAUGUACCUGCAUGGGCUAAGGAACCUCUGGCAAAUCCUUUUCCACAUAGGAGUGGCUUCUCUGUCUUCAUAUCAGAUACUGACCAGGCAGCUUCAGGAGAAGCAGUCUGACUAUGGAGUAUGAAGAUGACAUCAUGUGAUGAAUGGAUCCUUUCGUUUUCUUCAGGCGAAUCUUCAGGCUCUCUGGGAGAUAAUUUUGAAGAGAUGGUAAAAUAGAAUGGAAAGCCAAGGAGGGAAGAGAAGUCUUUGUACAUUAGAAGCACCAAAAAAAAGAAAAAAAGAAAAGAAAAGAAAAAGGCUUUAAAAGUUGGUAAGCACAGCCUAUAAGUGAGUUAUUAAUAUUUUUUGAGCUCAUGUGUUAUUGCCGUGUAGGCCUAUACCCCAGAUGCUCUCGGGGGCAGAAUCUGUGAUCCAUAUUCGGCAGGCAGUAGAGAACUAUCCUGAAGAGUGGGCCCUCCUGGUGAAUACUUUCCGCACUGGUGGAGAUGUUGUCUACACUUGGUUGAAUGUGGUUUUCAUCAGUUAACAUCUACAUGGGGUUUCAGAUUCGUUUUUGCAAAUGAGAGGGAAAGGAUGCACUGGACAAAUAGUACAAAAUAAUAACCACAUAAACAUUGUUCACCUGGAACCCAGCUAAAAGAAGCCUCAUUCACUGGAGGAAGAGACAAAUGACAGAGAAGUAGUUCUGGGGAUUUUGUCCAAGGGAAAUCCCAGCUCAGGGUUGACCUGGUUCAGGCUUGGAGUUUUGUGGCCCCUUGUGUCAUCCUUGAUGCCAGAAAGGUGGCUGCACGUCGCAGGAGUUAUCCUCACCACCCCACGGACUCAUUGCUGUUCUCGCACUUUAUUUUCCCAAUGGUUCAAUGCUACCUGCCCAACCAACCUCGCAGGGGUGGAUCUGGGAAUAGUUGAAAUAAUGUUGAAAACAAACCUUAAAAGUGCCUUCUGGGAUCAGAUACUGCAAGAUCUUUGAACGUCGGAGUGCAUUAUUCCCAUCUCCUGUAUCGGGCUUGGGAUGUGGCUCAGUGCUCCUGGCCAGGGUCUCCCAACCAUGGGGCCAAGGCCCACAGGGUUUUCCCUUCCUCAAGUAUGCAGGUGAGAGAAACACGUAGACUCUGGUUUCAUUUCCCUAGGGUAGCCUUACUGUGAUAGGGAUCAUUCCUGAGUUUCUUUUUCCUGGGAGGAGACAAUCAGGGGUGUAUUUGGGGGUGGCAUUACCUCUCAGUACUAGAGGCCCCUCUGCUGGUGGUGGGAGGAAUGUGACCGGAGGCUCCCGGUUUUGCUUCUCAGGCUUGCACCCCUGUGGUCUGUGUUACAGGCAUUUGUGAAGCAACCUUUUAAAAUUCCUUAAGGAGUUGGAAAAAGGGUGUUAGGAGGAGUGCUGAAAUUAAACCAAUCUCAUUUCUGUCACCUCACCUUGAGCUCCCUGUUAUUUUCCUAGGUGCCCCUAUUCUCCAGGACUCUUCUGCCUCUUUCCGUGUCUGUCCCACACAUUGCAGCCCUGGAAACAGAGGCUGAAACUGGAAUCUUUGGAGGGGUGGGGAAAGCCGUCUUUCACUGUAGUUGAUAAGGUGGGUACAGGAGCUCAGGGGCGGAGCAGAGUGCACUGAGGCCCGGCCCUCUUCCUCCGUGCCCCCGGGAGCUGCAGCACACAGUUGGGAGUCGGGGCUCAAAGGGCAACAGCACUUUGGCGGUCAGCACUGCCAGGGUCGGCAAAGACGACCGCCAGGAGGGCCGGCUGUUUGGGGUGCAGCAAGCAGGAGACAGGUGAGGAGCAGAGCUGGGGGCCCUCAAGCAGCCGCCCUCAAGCAGUUGGCGUGUUGGGGGCACGUGCUGCACCUUCAUCCAGGGCUGCUGUUUGCUUUUCCUUGAAGGAAUCGGCCACUCACUGUAACAUGCAGGGCAGGUGGCCCUCAGGAGACUGCUGUUGUGCGUGCACGGGGCAGCGCAAGUGGGGCCCGGCAGGCACGGGAGUGUUUACAGGGACCAGAUGUGCACCCCGCUCUGGUGUUGCUCACGCUUCAAACGUUCCUCCACAGAAUCCUGCCCGGGCACAGGGAAGCUCCACUGUGCUCUGUGAGUGUGAACAAUGGUAGAGGAAGAGAGACUUGACUCUCCUGCUCAGGCCUCCACCACUGUGGGCAGGUUCUGCCCGCAGGGACAGGGUCCUCAGCUGGGAAGCGGUGGUAACCACCUACUCCCCCGGCAUGCUGUCAUGAGGAGAAAAGCCUAGUGGAGGAGAAUACUGGGUGAAUCCCCUGUUCACGUGCAGGAGGAAAAAGGCUUUCACCCGGCGAGAGGAAGUUCACGCUUUACGCAGCACAGUGCAGCCGUGUCUUCCAGGUUUUACGAAGACAGGCCUUUUAUGAUCCUGCUAGGUAAAUGGGCUCAGUCUUCCAGUCGAGAAAGGUGGUGACCUCUCUUUCUCCCCCCUGAACGUGCCUCUUGCCCUCCAGUCACAGAGCUCUUGCUACCAUUGGCAUUGGGCCCUCCGGCAUCCAGGGAGGCCGGUUCUGCUGGUCGAACCAAACCUCAAGUCCAUCCCUGAGCCAAAUGGGGAGAGCUCUGAGUCUCCCGUCUGGGAGCAGUGAUGUCAGACCCUGGUUGCUGGGGAAACGUCUUGGCAGGGAACCUGUGGAAAAGGGCUUGUCAGUAAGACCUGGGAAUGGCCGGAUAUGGAAACAUCUGUCCGUGUGUGCUGAUGGCAGAGCUGCGGCUCACAAGCGCCUUUUAUUUCGGGUCAAAUUAUCAAAUCCAUUCUGUUCUUCUAACCUGUGCUUGGUACGUGUGACCUUCUUUAACCCUUCUGUGAUUCUGGGGUUACUUCAGAAGUAUAUUUAAUGAAUUACUUGUACGACUUGACCCCCCCUCCCCCGAAUUCUGUUCCAUUUAAUAGACUUUUCUACUAAGAGCGUAAAAGAUUGAGACUGAUUUAGCCAGGGCAAAACCAUUUCCUUCGCAUAUGUGUUUUGAAUGCUUGCUGUCCGUGUUGUACAAGCUUCUUACUGUUUUCAUGUAAUAACAAAGAUCUAUUUUGAAUACAUGAUGGGUAUGUUUUAACAAACUCUCACACAGUAGUAAAGCCUAAACUCGUGUUAAUAUAUGUAAAGAAUAUUGUAUAGCCAUUUAUAUACUAUGUAUAUAUAAAUUAAAUAACAUGGCUUCAGAAGUGAGAGGAGAAUAAAUCUAAGGUGCUUAUUA